AGUGAUAGACGACAGCUUUAACUGUCACACUGUACGACUACAUUCCAGCAGGACAUACUGGGAAUACUGGUUCUGGUAAUAAACUGGACUCGCUGCUGAUGGUACACACGAAAGACAAGCUGUAGGAGCAGGCUGCCAGAAGUGAAACUAACUUCACAACAUGGCUUCCAGGUUAGAGCAGGAUCUCUCAUGUCCUGUCUGCCAUGACAUUUUUAAAGAUCCAGUCGUCCUGUCAUGCAGCCACAGCUUCUGCGCAGACUGUCUGCAGACGUACUGGACCGACAACCAAAUCUCUGAGUGUCCAGUCUGUAAAAGGAGGUUGUCAAAGGACAUACCUCCUUGUCACCUGGCGUUGAAGAGCCAGUGUAAGGCCUUCCUACAGGACAGAGCUUCAGCUGCAGGGUCCGAGCCCGUCUGCACUCUGCACUCUGUGAAGCUCAGCCUCUUCUGUGUGGGUGAUCAGCAGCUGGUGUGCAGCGUCUGCAGAGACGCAGACACACACGGCAACCGCAGAUUUGAACCUGUUGACGUAGCUGCGCAGAAACAGAAGAAGAAACUUCUGGAUUCUUUAAAGCCCCUGCAAAGCAAACUGAGGCUUAUUCAUCAGGUGAAAGGAAGCUGCGAUCAAACUGCAGAGCACAUUAAGAUCCAGACAGAGAGCACGGUGAGGAGGAUAAAGGAGGAGUUCAAGAAGCUGCACCAGUUUCUUGAAGAGGAAGAGGAAGCCCGGAUGGCUGCACUGAGGGAGGAGGAGGAGCAGAAGAGUCAGGUGAUGAAAGAGAAGAUUGCAGCUCUGAGCAGACAGAUAGCAGCUCUUUCAGAAACAGUCAGAGCCACAGAGAAGGAGCUGAGAGCUGAAGACGUCUUGUUCCUGCAGAACUACAAGGCUGCAGCGGCCAGAGUCCAGCAGCGCCCCCUGCCUGAUGAUCCAGAGCUGCACUCAGGAGCUCUGAUAGACGAGGCCAAACAUUUAGGCAACCUGAGCUUCAACGUCUGGAGCAAGAUGAAGGACGUUGUUUCCUACAGUCCUGUGAUUCUGGAUCCAAACAUGGCUCACCCGGACCUCAUCAUGUCUGACGAUCUGACCAGUGUGAGACACGGAGAGAGAAGGCAGCAGCUUCCUGACAACCCAGAGAGGAUCGACCACUUCAUCUCUGUCGUCGGCUCCGAGGGCUUUAACUCAGGGUGUCACAGCUGGGAGGUGGAGGUCGGAGACAGCAAAGCCUUCGUACUGGGCGUGUUAACAGAGUCCAUCCAGAGGAAAGGAAUCAUAUGCGCCGGGCUGUGGAGGCUGAUGUUCUGCGGCGGUGAAUACAAAGCGCUGUCGCCGUCAGACACAGGAUCUGAGGUGGCAGUUACACAGAACCCAAAGAGGAUUCGAGUGCACCUGGACUGGGACAGAGGACUGCUGUUGUUUUCUGAUCCUGACACCAACACACACAUACACACCUUCACACACACGUUCACUGACAGGCUGUUUCCGUACAUCAGCACCUGGAGUGAGGUCCCGAUAAAGAUUGUAGCUACGCAGGUCUCUGUUAGGGUGGAGCAGCACGGUUAGAGAUGCUGCUGCUGCUGAUGUCAUGUGUGUAUACAAGCCACUGGUUUCUUUAAACUUGCAAUAAGUUGGUAACACAGGUACACAAAAAAACAAGUCGUUCCCUCAGUCAUUAUCAAUUAACCUCUUAUUAACUAAGGCUUAGCUACUCUAUCACAUGUGAUUGGGACUUACCCAAGAACUGACCAUUAACUAAUGGUUUAUAACUCAUUCGUUCCUCCGUAACAACUCGUUUUUUGUGUUCCUUAUUAUAAAGUGUUACCAGUAAGUAAUUUAUUUUGCCACAUGGGGGCAGCAGAAACAGGCUGUGAGCACAAACUUACAUCACAUCCGUAGCCUGACGUGCACCUCCCCAGAAAUGUAACUACACAUCGCAGUG